AUCUUAUUCAUGAUCUCAUCGCAAAAUGUUCAAGUUCAACUUCGACGUGGACGAUACUGAACAAAGUACGAAUGUAAAUCACACAACACAAAACCAGGGGCCCACUUCUCUGCAGGCAGUCGUCCCAGACGCAUUCACAGAGCUUUUUCUCGCAGACGCUUUAAACAGCCUACCAUCCAAAAUAUCUUACUCUCCAAUCACGAUCUCACUUGCCAGCGGAGGUGAACUUUCACUUCCGCGUCGUGAUCUGUUCGAUGCAAGGUUUCAAUUGAUCUCACAAAAUCCCGAUGACCCGGAUGCAUUGGAGCAACAAUCCAUCAAUACACAGUCCGCGCUACACUUCUUAGAUGCACCCUCUGACCUUGUGCCUCUCGUCUAUGAGGGCGGCUUGAAGACUUGGGAAUGCAGUCUUGAUCUUGCUAGAUAUCUGGACGGCAUAAGCUCACAGUUUGAUGUGAGCGGUAAGCGUGUGCUAGAGAUUGGAUGUGGCACAUCGAUACCGUCGUUGUACAUUCUCCAUCGAAUAUUUUCCUCCCCGCCUUCUCAAAAUCAGACGCAUAUCCACCUCCAGGACUAUAACGCUUCCGUGUUGGAAUUGGUGACCAUUCCCAAUAUUAUUCUGACCUGGUAUCUGUCAGAGGCAGCAGAAACAUACCGCAAGUCGGAGGAAUGGGCAGACCCUCCUUUGGAGUUGAACAUCUCGGAAAGUCUCAAAGACACAUUCCUUCAGUCUUUGACGACUUACGGGGUCCAUUUGCGCUUCUUCUCUGGCUCAUGGGAUACAUUCGACCUUCAAACCUUGGGUGGGAACUACAACCUGGUGCUAACGUCCGAGACCAUAUACCGGAUGGAGUCUCUUCCGAACCUUGCUGCUAUUAUGCGCGGUGCUUGCAACGCUGAAGGCUCCAAAGAUGUGGACGAUUACCUUUGUCUUGUAGCUGCAAAAGUGCUCUACUUUGGUGUGGGUGGCGGAGUAGCAGAGUUUGUGCGAUGUGUACGAGAUUUGGAUAAAGGAGGGACGGUCGAGACUGUAUGGGAGAAAACACAGGGCGUCGAAAGGAGAGUAAUGAGUGUCAAAUGGAAUUGACGAUGUUAAUUGAUCCUUACCCGCGAGACGAAACGAAACAUGAUCAUGUCGAUUUGAAGAUAAUACACCUGGGAAG